ACUCUGAGCUUAGGUAGUAAAAAAUACCGCAGCUCUAGUGUCCGUUCACCACGAAGGUUCGCAAGACACUGCUUCUUCCACUUUAGCGGCAACAGCUAACGCCAACAAGCUGCCGUACAAGAUCAACAACAACCUUCACGCGAAUGCGCAAGCGCAUUUGUACCCGCUUUUUAACGGAGUGGCGCCCAGAAUUAUCACCGUGGUCACCGUGUUACCAUUAGUGACGGUGUGGUGGAAGGCAGAACAACCACUAUCAGCCAUCGAAAGUCCGAGACGCGGACGGAGGAGGUCGGGGUCACGGACACGAACACGAACCCGGCGGAUCACAUGGCGUUGCUGGAGCGUUUUUGAUCGAGAACGAACAGGUAGGUUCGGUAGGAUGAAUAAGUAGUUAGGUUUAGAUUCACGAGUUGAACUUUUUUUUUUCUCCUCUCAGGGGGGUACUUCAAAGGUACCAGGUAACCGUUGCCGUAUCAUCGCCGGUCAGCUCCAAAGCAUCAAGCAACCCGACGACACCACCUUCCGGAAGUUCGCAUACUAUUCUGUAGCAGCAGCAACAACAACAGCAGUCUCAUUUCGCAUCCGAUGGCGGGAUUACCUUCGGAGCGGGCUAGCCGUAUGCAACACCUCGUCCAAGAUUCGAUCAAUUGGAUAGAACAACUCUAGAGACUAUGGUAGUAUGAUGAACUCGCACAAUCAUCCACCACCGAAGAUGGGAAGUUCGCGUCGCCACCACAGUCAAUGUUCGACGCGUUGGCAUCCCGAAACCAAAGUCACAUUGAACUUGCGAAAGCGGCCGCGGUUGACCCCGGCGAUUGCACCAUCGCAGAACCAUCAAUUGGCAGCGCCGAGAAGCAAGCUAUCCUCGUAGAACCAGUUCAGUAUCAUCCCGAACCAAUCGGAAAGUACCAGAAUCUACUACCGAACGGAGGAAGUGGCAGUAACUGGGUCACAAACCUGGUGCAGGAUUUUAAACCCCGAAGCGCGGAUGAGCCUGCUGCUGUUGCGCUGCGGCAGGAGUUUGGAGACUUUGAGGCGGCCUUUGGGACGCAGCAGGCGAACAAACUAGCUUCCGGCGGAGUGGUCUCAAGAAGGAUUUGUUCUGUGGAUUGAGUCCAAGAAGCGGUUCGCCUGCAACGUUGUUCGGAAGGAUGUUACAGCCGACCUUUGCGUCAGCGCCGCGUGCCAACGACUCGCUGUCAGUCCUGAGCGAACUUUCGCUGGGCAGUACCAACGCUGGCGCCGAGUUGACCUGGAGUACGCGGGAUCUUCGUCAGUUACUACAGGAGACGCCCGAAAUUCAUUCCGAGGAGGGGUUGGGCGUGUUUGAAAGAGGAUUGGAUGGCUUGGCGGGACCGAGGAUUCCGGAGAAGCUUUUUCGUGUUGAUCGAAAGGAUUUUUGGAGAUACGACGCGGCACUGGCUGCGCUUGGUGAUCUCCACGUCGCACCAGGAUUCGAGUGCAAGUUGAAGAGGGGUCCGGAUGUCGUAGAUCGGUCACGCUACCAGCACCACCAUCAGAACCACCCCGGGUGAACGCGCCAAUCCUAUUCAACAGUACAAAUUGCUCCUCUUCAAUCGCUCGACUGUCCUUCCAGCAGACAGGCAGCUCAUCUUCCACGAAAAAGGAAAGCGGCGGAAUAAACAAUGUCAAGUUCUCCGUCACUGUCGCCGUUGCUCCGAAAAUCCCCCGUAUGGACAAACUCGAUGAAAGUUCCGGAAGAAGCCGCCUUUGAACAACCCGCUGAUUGUGGUUCCAAGCGGGAACUGGAGAAAAACCUACGUCUGCUUCGUCCAUCCCAAAGAUUGCUACCUGAAGACAAGGCUAGACGACCAGAAGGUUGACCACCUGACUUCGGUGCAGUGAAUUGGCCGCGCCAGCCCAAAGUUGGACAAACGCGGGCCAAGCGCGCCCUCGAGAGCUCCAUGUCCUCCCAGCUCGCGGCAAAAAAUACCAACCUAAGCAAGCACAUGCGGGGACGGCCGUCGCAACUCCAAGCCUACGACGAGUUGAACGAGCAGAAUGUUCUCAACAAAUUGUUCAAACUCCCCGCGGAACCCAGCUCCGUCUUCACCACCGGGUACUUCCCACUCGCGCGUAACGUGACAGUCCCCCAGCAGAUCCUGUGAAUUGCCGAAACG